AUGGGCGCCGGCAUGCCGCCCCAGGUGAAGGUCUCAUGGAGCGCCGCGAUCGCGGCCUCCGCCUCGCGGGCUGUCGCCAUUUUGACCAGGCCGCACCCCUUGCUGCUCGGCCCCGCGCCCGCCGCCGCCACGGUCGCGGCGCCGGGCGCGGCCUGGCCGGCGCGGAAGCAUUUGACGGCCUCGACGCGGCCGAAAGCGGCGAAGAGUGACCUUAUGUCAUUCUCCGUCGCACUGUGCGGGGCGCGCGCGAAGAACAGCUGCGGCGGGGGUGGGUCACACGGCGGCGGCGGCAACAUGAGGGUCGUGUCCAGCACUAGGGAUGACGACGGCGAAGAACGGCCGACCCCGGGGCCUCCCCCGCAAGGCAAGCGCAUCGUUCAAGAGUCAGCGGCGCGGGGGCGCAGUCCGCAGCAGGCCGCCCCGUGCACGCGGCCCGCGGGGCGCCCCACCGUUCGGUUCUCAGU